AUGCUGCCUGCCCGAAUCACGAUCGAAGUAACCUUCCCACUGAUCACUGUUCUGGAAAUCAUCCAACUCCUGAGGAUGGGCAAAGCCUUUUCCACCACGAUUCGACUUGAACCAUGUCCGACCAAGAAAGCCAAUGAUUGCGACACUGACAAUAACCACACCGACGGAGUAUCCAACGAGCACUCCCUUAGACGCGUACGACCAACGGAGGUCGAUACCACCAUCGAUGAUAGCGAGAAGGACCACGAUGAGCCCGAGGUAGCGAUGCACAACUUCAAAUACGGACGCGAAUUUGAUCAUGAUACCGAUAAAGGCGACGCGGCACGAAAUGGUCUGAUUGAUCCAGUGCCAGCGUACACUCUUGGCAUAGACGCGGAGGAGGAUAGCCCCGAAUGGGAAAAAGAGGAUGAGCGCGCCGCAGAGGCAGAGAGCGUGGAAGAUGCUGGGCCAGCUGCUGUCGGUCUGGAACUCUUCGCCUUUUGA